AUGGCGAUGCUACGAGCCACCAGAGCAGCCAUCAAAGCAUGUGCUUCCUCUUCUUCUUCGGGUUACUUCGCACGUCACUUUCAUGCAUCUUCUGGUGAUACUAAAAAGAUUGUUGGAGUUUUCUACAAGGCCAACGAAUACGCUUCCAAGAACCCUAACUUCCUUGGCUGCGUCGAGAACGCCUUAGGAAUCCGCGACUGGCUAGAAUCACAAGGACAUGAGUACAUCGUAACCGAUGACAAAGAAGGCCCAAACUGCGAACUUGAGAAACAUAUCCCGGAUCUUGACGUCCUAAUAUCAACUCCAUUUCACCCGGCAUAUGUGACUGCUGAAAGAAUCAAGAAAGCCAAGAACCUAAAGCUUCUCCUUACGGCUGGUAUUGGCUCGGAUCACAUCGACUUGCAUGCAGCUGCAGCCGCUGGUCUGACGGUGGCUGAAGUCACCGGAAGCAACGUGGUCUCGGUAGCAGAAGACGAGUUCAUGAGAAUCUUGAUCCUCGUGCGCAACUUCGUACCAGGGUACAACCAAGCCAUCAAUGGUGAGUGGAACGUCGCGGGGAUUUGUUAUAGAGCUUAUGAUCUAGAAGGGAAGACGAUAGGAACCGUGGGAGGUGGAAGAAUCGGGAAGCUUUUGCUACAACGGUUGAAACCAUUCGGGUGUAACUUAUUGUACCAUGACAGGCUUCAGAUGGAACCAGAGAUAGAGAAAGAGAUUGGAGCUAAGUACGUUGAGAAUCUCAAUGAAAUGCUUCCAAAAUGUGAUGUCAUUGUCGUCAACACUCCUCUCACGGAGAAGACAAGAGGAAUAUUCAACAAAGAGAUGAUAGAGAAAAUGAAGAGAGGAGUUUUGAUAGUGAACAACGCAAGAGCAACAAUUAUGGAGAGGCAAGCGGUGGUGGAGGCGACGGAGAGUGGACACAUUGGUGGGUACAGUGGAGACGUGUGGGACCCACAACCAGCUUCUAAGGACCAUCCAUGGCGUUACAUGCCUAACCAUGCCAUGACCCCUCACAUCUCCGGCACCACCAUGGACGCUCAGCUACGAUAUGCAGCGGGGACUAAAGAUAUGCUAGAGAGAUACUUUAAGGGGGAAGACUUCCCUGCCCAAAAUUACAUCGUCAAGAACGGUGAAAUUGCUCCUCAGUACAUGUAA